CUUUCAAUUGAUUACAAAGUGUUUGACAUUUAAUGUGAAGUAUAUUUUGAUUGAAUGAAUGGAUGAUAAUUGACAAGUGAUUGACAAGUGAUGGCAUUUCUUCAGUGGCGAAGAUUCAACUUCUUUGACAAACAGAUCCUUAAAGAGGAGACCAAUCCAUUGCAUGAGUUGUUCACUAAAACAAAGAUCACGUGCUCGAGCUCUGGCGGCUCUCACGUGAUUCUGGGCGACAAUAAUGGUUGGAUCCAUAUUAUGGACCGACAGCUGGAGUACACGUCGUUCUUGGCCUACAAGGAUGUGGUCAGUCAUUGCCAUCAAGUGAUCUCUUCGCCAUAUCUGGUGACAGUGGGUGUGGACGAGACGGGCAGCGAUCCGGCGGUGAAGAUAUGGAAUCGCGAGAAACUGAACUCAGACGGAGUGCCCCAUUGCUGUCGUGUCAUACGACUGGCCACCGGACAGGAGGACCCGUCGCCGGUGACCGCCAUCGACGUGUUGGACACAAUGAUGAUGUGCAUCGGCUUCGGCAACGGAAAGCUAAUGAUUCUUCGCGGAGACAUCACUCGCGACAAGAAUUGCAAACACAAAACAAUACCCAUCUCUUCCAACGCUAUCACUGGUCUCUCGUUUAAGAACAACUCUUUGCACAAUAUUAAGACACAUCACAAACAGAUUGUUCUCUUCAUUUCGACCACAAAAGAGAUAAUGAGUUAUAACCUAACCGUUAGGGAUAAGGAGAUGCGCUCAACGCUUGACAAUUUUGGCUGCAAUCCCGGCUGUUGUUGUCUGAAGAGUGAUCCCAAACAACUGGAAGCCCUUUAUAUCAUUGGCCGAAAGGAUGCCAUAUAUUUCUAUCAAAGCGACGAACGCGGGCCGUGUCUGGCCUUUGAAGGCGAGAAACUACUGCUCUAUUGGUACAGAAGUUAUCUCAUAGUGAUUGGCAAAGAGUCUGCAAUGAAUGCCGCCAUUAGUGGUGAGAAAUUAUCGUCGAAUGGAACCGAAAACAUGAAUAUAAUCACAAUUUAUGACAUUUCGCGCAAAUUCAUCGCCUAUUCGUCGCCGAUUCCAUCGGUAUGUCAUGUGUUCGGCGAAUGGGGUUCACUAUAUCUGAUCACAAACGAUGAUCGAGUCGUGUAUCUCAAAGAACGUGACACUCAGACCAAACUCGAGAUGCUCUUCAAGAAGAGUCAGUUCUCGUUGGCCAUAGAGUUGGCGAAGAGUCAACAGUACGACUCCGACGCCCUGUCGGACAUCUUUAAACAAUAUGGCGAUCACUUGUACCGUAAGGGCGAUCACGACGCGGCCAUCGCUCAGUACAUCCACACCAUUGGGCGACUGGAAGCGAGUUAUGUGAUCCGCAAAUUCCUCGACGCCCAACGUAUCCACAAUCUGACCGCAUAUCUGCAGGCAUUGCAUCGCAAGGGUUUGGCCAACGAAGACCACACCACUCUUCUCAUCAAUUGUUAUGUCAAACUGAAGGACAAGACAAAACUGGACCAAUUCCUCAAGAGUGACGAAUGCGACACAAAUAUACUGCAAUACGACGUGGAGAUCGCCAUCAAAGUGCUCCGACAGGCGGGCUAUUACGACAACGCCCUGUAUUUGGCGCGAAGACACAAACGCAACGACUCUUUCCUCAAAAUCAUUUUGGAGGACAAAUGCGACGCAAACGCAGCCAUCGAUUACAUGACACGAAUGGAGUGGACGGAAGUGACCCAAUAUAUGAAGAGAUACGGACGCCUUCUCAUCCACGAAGAACCCGAUAAGACAACACUUCUACUCAAAAAGCUUUGCACUGAUUAUAAACCAUCGGACGACCAUUUGAGUGAAGACGACGUGACCGCAGGCUUAGACGUAUUGUCCGGCAAUACAGCGAACAACAGAUCAAAUCCCGAAGAGUUUAUUCACAUAUUUGUGAAAAACACUCCAAAACUGAUAGAAUUCUUGGAAUUUAUGGCCGAAACUCGUGAGGAAGACUGCUCUCCCGAAGUGCACAACACUUUACUCGAACUCUAUUUGCAGUCCUAUAAGAACGAGAUUAAAGAAGACGGUUUGGCGAUUAAAGAGAGCCAAAUAUUGAAGCUAUUGAAGAGCGGGAAAGCGAAGUACGAGUUGGAACAGGCGAUGGUGUUGUGCCAAAUGAGUCACUUCGACGCCGGACUCCUAUAUCUCUACGAAAAGGCAAAAAUGUUUAAACAGAUUCUCAACUAUUUUAUUGCGAGCAAAGACUCGACUAAAGUGUUGGAGACGUGCGAAAGGUAUGGCAACGACGAGACCAACCUAUGGGUCGACGCUCUCUGGUAUUUCUCCAAGACUGAUGAUAACGACCGCACGAUUCAAGUGUUGAAUGAAAUAGAGAGAAGACGUUUACUUCAGCCCAUAAUGAUUAUUGAGAUACUGUCGCGAAGUGAAUGCGCGACUCUCGCUGUGGUGAAGGAUUACCUGAUCCGAUGGUUAACUCGAGAGAGCGAACAAAUAGCCGAAAACGAGAGACUUAUUGAUCAGUUCAAAGACGACACCGAAAAGAUGCGCCAACAGAUUGAGGACAUGAAGAACAGCCCUAAAGUAUUUCAAGCGACCAAAUGUAGCGCAUGUAAGCAUCCGUUGGAAUUGCCGUCCGUUCACUUCAUGUGCAAUCAUUCCUAUCAUCAGCACUGCUUCGAGAGCUACACAGCGGAGAACGACUCCGACUGUCCGCUCUGUUUACCAGAGAAUCGAAAAAUCUUGAAUCAAAUCCAAUCGCUUGAGAACAACAAGAAUGUGAAUGAAAUGUUUGAAAAGCAAAUUCAAGAAACCGAUGAUUGCUUUAGUCUGAUAUCCGAUUACUUCAGUCAAGGGAUCUUUAAUAGAGUAACACUCGUGACAGACGACGGCAUCUUACAGUCCGGUCCAUCCAAUGCAAGGCCUAAAUCAUUGAAUUUGGUUCAAAAUAAGUAAAUCUAUUAUUGAUUUUGUUAUUAUUAUCAAAUAAA